CAGAAGGCUAGAGCGCCGGAACAUCUUUACAGCGCGUCACCAUAGAGUGAAGUUACGGAGCUCUGACGUACGCGCCAGCAGAGUAAGAGUCGUCUGUGCGGCCUGUAACCCGGCAGCAGAGGAGAGAGCCCGGGCGGUCUGAUACACCACCGUGUCUGGCACAAGACCACCUCCUGUUAACAAUGCCAGCAGCUGUGGUGGAUAAUAGUCAAGUGAUCUGUGAAGUAUGGGCCAUCAACCUGGAGGAGGAGAUGCGUAAAAUCAGGGAGCUUGUCCGUACAUAUGGAUAUAUAGCAAUGGAUACAGAGUUUCCUGGGGUUGUUGUAAGGCCGAUUGGAGAGUUUCGAAGCACUAUAGACUACCAGUACCAGCUGCUACGUUGUAAUGUAGACUUACUAAAGAUAAUUCAGCUGGGACUCACUUUCAUGAAUGAGAAGGGGGAGUACCCACCUGGGACCAACACAUGGCAGUUCAACUUUAAAUUUAACCUCACAGAGGAUAUGUAUUCCCAGGAUUCAAUUGAUCUUUUGGCAAACUCUGGCCUUCAAUUCCAGAAACACGAAGAAGAAGGCAUAGACACAUUGACGUUUGCUGAGCUCCUAAUGACCUCUGGCGUAGUACUUUGUGAUAAUGUGAAGUGGCUUUCUUUUCACAGUGGCUACGACUUUGGCUACAUGGUGAAACUCCUGACAGACUCUCGGUUACCAGAGGAGGAGCAUGAGUUUUUCCACAUCUUAAAUCUAUUUUUCCCAUCAAUUUAUGAUGUCAAGUAUCUCAUGAAGAGCUGCAAAAACCUAAAGGGAGGUUUGCAGGAGGUUGCUGACCAGCUGGACCUGCAAAGGAUUGGUAGACAGCAUCAGGCUGGGUCUGACUCAUUACUGACAGGCAUGGCUUUUUUCCGGAUGAAAGAGUUAUUUUUUGAAGAUCAUAUCGAUGACGCCAAGUACUGUGGACGACUUUAUGGACUGGGAACAGGGGUGGCACCAAAAUCUAAUGAGGAGGCAGAGGAGAAAAUGAGCAUUAUGUCUCUUAUCAACAAUGGACAGCAAUGAAAUAGCUUCCUUCCAUCUUCAUGAACUCCAGUGACCAGGCAAUGAAUUAUAUCCCCAAAGUAUAAUACUGGGAUUUUGUUGAUUUUUCCUUUUAGACCUAAAGUUAUAAUAGUGGAUCUAAUCUUCAUUGCAUUACUGAAACCAGCAGCAAAGGGGGAAAAAAUGAACAUUUGGGGUGUAUAUACUGCUUCUUUUUGUUUUGUUCAGCAAGUUAUUACAUUUUGUUUUAUAUAUAAUUUUUUUUUAACUGUAAAAUUAAAUGUCCGCAUCUUAAAGAAAUAGAUCCACCAAACAAUGAUCAGAUAUGCAUUUUUUUUUUUACUUCCACAGAUUACCAUUGAUGUGUGCUCAAGAAAUCAUACUAAGCUUUCAUUUUCUAGAACUCAAACUGUGCAGCGAUUUUUUAAGAAUGUCAGGUUAGGUAUUUUGAGUGCUGUGCCCAUGCCAAUUCCAGAUUAUACUGUGGAUUUUGAACUGCCAUGAUAUAAGGCAAAUGUUUUGUCCUCCUAUCUAUGGAUUUAACAUAAAGCACCUUUUAAGAUUGCAGGUCACGCAAAGCAGUAGUAGUAGUUAUUGAGUGUGAAUUGGAACAGUCAUUUGAGCCUUUGGAGUUAGAAGGACCAUAAAAGUCAGAAGUAAUUGUUAUAACUUGCAGAUUCUCACUGCAACAAAAUGGUAUCUUUUUUUUUUUCCUUGAUGGGUAUAUUGCAGACUUUGUAUGGAUUUUUGUUGUUGUGGAGGAGGGGCUGUUUUGUUCUCUGGAAAUAAAUAUUAGAAGAGGGAGAUUCCAACUCCCAGCAUAAAUGGACAGUACACAACUAAGCAGCUAGCCUUUUUAAAGCCUGUAGUUUUACACAUGAUUUGGAGUUCUCUACACAUGCACUUUGAAACAUUAUGUGCCAAGUUCAAAAUGUUAUUGUUUACGUUACCUGUUUAUAUGUUACUUUACUGUUUCAAACACCCAUGUUUUCUACUAGCUAUGGAUUAGAUCAUGGAUUGUUGAUUUUGGCUCACAAUGACUUGUCUCCGCAUCUACAAGAGUCAUUCAAUGCAUACGGAGUUUAAAGAAAUGGUUCUAGAACAGUGGGCCACAUUUUGGUAGAGAUGCGGAUAUGAAAUCUGUAGUUAAGCACCACAUUAUUAUUCCUUCAAUUAGUUUGGUAACUUAAGACAAGAUUCUUUAAAAUGUCCUCUUUGAGUGGAAAAAACCUGCUACAGUAUUUUUGCUGUUGGUGGUUUUCUCUGUUUAAAAAAAAUAA